GCUUGGCAUGAUUUUCAAGCUGCCCAGUCCAGGACUUUCAUCACCAUCACCCACGUGGAAAUCCAGUGCCUUAACCACACCACCUGCUGGUCCUCCAAAAACUUAAAAAUGUUAAUAUGGUAAAUUACAGUAGCUAUAACCCACAUAAAAUCUCCUUAGCAUCCUCGGUAAUGUCUAAGUGUAGAAAGAGAUCCUGAAACCGAAAGUUUGUAAAUUGAUGACCAACACUCAGGGAGACGGUGAGACAAGAGUGCUCGGUGCAGAAGAGGGGUCAGGGCAAGUUCCGAGUCCCCGAAACAUGGUUUGCAGUCUGUCCCGCGGGCAGAGUCUGUGGUGAGAAAAGCCAAGUUUUGGGGAUCUUGGAGCUUCACUCUUCCGUCUUCCAAACUGUGUCAGAUACUUCUGCCUAGGAACUCAUGACACAGCCCUGGGUCUCCCUCUCAUUGCGUGUCUGGUUUCUAGAGAAGCCAAUCAAAAUCAGAUUCUUCCCAAGGAUGGGGUCAUGGCGCCCCGAGCUCUUCUGCUGCUCUCGGGGGCCCUGGUUCUGACCGACUCCUGGACAGGCCCCCACUCCCUGCGGUAUUUCAGCACCUCGGUGUCCCGGCCCGGCCGCGGGGAGCCCCACUUCAUCGAGGUGGGCUACGUGGACCACACGCUGUUCGUGCGGUUCGACGGCGACGCGGCCAGUCCGCGCAUGGAGCCGCGGGCCGCGUGGGCGAAGACGGAGGGGCCGGAGUACUGGGACCUGAGCACGCGCGUCGCCAGAGAAACCGCGCAGGCUCAGCGAGUGGGCCUGAACAAACUGCGCGGCUACUACAACCAGAGCGAGGCCGGUGAGUGACCCCGACUCCGCCUGCAGCCCC